UCCAGGGGAAAAGUGUUGGGAGAUCUACAAAGUGGAUUUUUUUUUCUUUUUUUUUUUCCCCCCUUCCCCCAGUUUUUUACCGCUCCUCUGCAGACUUUACAACAAAACAGUCCAACUUUGCUGAAAACUUUUUUUUCUUAUUUUUUCCUUUUUUUUUUUUUCCUUUUUUCCGCUUUUUUUGCCUUUGCAAAUCUUGGAAGAGGAAAGCGGGAGGGUUGAACAGAGCCGAUCGAAACACAACUUUGCUUCAUACCAAGCUUCCCAGCAGCUCGCUGCGUCGGGAGAGACUUUCUCCUGCAGAAGAAGAGGGAGAGAAGGGGAGCUUUGCAUCCCCUCUUCCUUCUCCAUUUUUUUGUUUUGUUUUUUUGUUUGUGGUUUUGUUUGGGUUUGUGUUUUUUUUCUUUUUCCCCUGUCUCGACUGCUUUGAUGCAUUAAUAGCAGGGCACUGGUUUUCAAGGAACUUUGCUCCCUUCCCAACCUGCCUCCUCCUAGCCCCUUGGGAAGAGUGUGUGCGUGAGUGUGUGAAAUCGCGGUCCCACCUCCCUAAACCCCCCUGCUCCCCCACGCCUCCCCCUGCAACCUGUAGGCUGUGCAACCCUUGCAAGCUUUUUUCCCUUUCCCUCUCCUUCCCUCCCCCUCUUUUUUUACGCUCCCGCCGAUCGCGGUUGCGAAUUCUCCCUUUCCAGGCUAGAGAAAGCUGAAAAAAGAGAAAAAGGAAAAAGAAAAAGAAAAAAAAUACAAAAAGCAAACCUAGACGCUCCCCCUCUCCCAACGCCAAAAGAAAAGCAGGAGGGUCUCGCACCCCGAGAAUAGACCCAGUGUGGGGCGCCUGCAAGUAGGGGCUGCUCUUUCCUUUUUUAUUUUUUUUUUUAAUUUUUAUUAUUUUUUUUAAUUAUUAUUUUUCUUUGGCCCCCAAAGGGGCAAGCGGGAAGUAAGCGGAGCCCGCCCACCUCUCCCUCCCCCGCCCCCCGCCGGCGGCAGCCCCCCGCGCCCCGUCCCGCAGCAUCCCCGCCGCGAUGCUGCUGCGGCUCCUGGUGUUGCUGGGCGCCUGCCCGGGGCUGUCGCGCUGCCUGGGCUCCUUCGUGCAGUGCGAGCCCUGCGACGGCAAAGCGCUGUCGCUCUGCCCGCCGCCGCCGCUGGGCUGCGAGCUGGUGAAGGAGCCGGGCUGCGGCUGCUGCCUCACCUGCGCCCUGCCCGCCGGGCAGCCCUGCGGCGUCUACACCGAGCGCUGUGCCCGUGGGCUCCGCUGCCUCCCGCGCCAGGGCGAGGAGAAGCCGCUGCACGCCUUGCUGCACGGCACCGCCGUCUGCCUCAGCGAGAAGAGCUACCGCGAGCAAGCCAAGGCCGAACGGGAGUCCCGAGAACACGAGGAGCCAACCACGUCAGAGAUGACAGAGGAGACUUACCCACCCAAGGCCUACCGGCCCAAGCCUGGGCGCCUCUCCGAGCUGAAGGCUGAGGCCCUGAAGAAGGACCGCCGGAAGAAGCUGACCCUGGCCAAGUUCAUGGGCGUGGCAGAGAACACUGCCCACCCCCGCAUCGUCAUCCCUGAGCUCCGGCAAGAGUUUGAAUUGGGCCCCUGCCGCAGGCACAUGGAGGCAUCUCUGCAGGAGCUCAAAAGCAGCCAGCGGAUGGUCCCUCGCGCCGUUCACCUCCCCAACUGUGACCGAAAGGGCUUCUACAAGAGGAAGCAGUGCAAGCCCUCUCGAGGCCGAAAGCGUGGGCUGUGUUGGUGCGUGGACAAAUACGGCAUGAAGCUGCCAGGGACUGACUACCUGAGUGGAGACCUGCAGUGCCACGCGUUUGACAGUAGCAACGUGGAGUGAAGUUGCAUCCCCUCCCUCCACCCCAUCACUACCUACCCAGGCUCCCUUCCACCCUCCCCUUCACACCUCCCCGGGACUCCGAUUCCUUUCAUCUCAUGUACGAAGAAAAAAAGAGAGGAAAAGAAAAAAAGAGAAAGGAAGGAAAAGAGAAAAGAAAAAAAGAGAAAGG